AAGAACAGAAAUAUCUCAACUCGAUUUGUUUUGGUCUAGUUUGUUAUUGUUCUUCUAGGGCAUGAAAAUUGCAUGUAUGAAUAAAACGUCAACAAUUUUCAAGUCUUAAUAAUUGUUGCCUAUAAAAGUUAGAGCUGAAAUUUGUUUUAGCUAAGAUGACUUCUAAAGCAGCAAUACGGAGAGAACCCCUUAAAAAGCCACGUCCUUUGAAGUCAGUUAACAGCUCUGAUACAUUAAAGUUUCAUAUUCAUGAUCCUAAGGAUGCUGUUGUGCAAAAGUCUAAAGAAGAAAUACUAGCUGAUUUAGAAAUACUGAAUGUCAGUAUUAGUAACUGUAACUUUGACGAUGUAACAGCAGCUGAUAUUUCUCGAAUGUGUGCCAUUUUGAAAAAACGUGGAGAGGAACUGGAUAAGUUUAAUAAAGAUGCGAUUGACCGAUACUUCUGUACUUUGCGAAAUGCUUCCAGAGAAGAGAGACUGGAUAUGGUUUCUCGUUUGAAAUUGCUGGAAACAAUCGAAAUUCGAGCUAAUGGUUGGAAAAAGAAUGAUAAUAUUCAGAAUUAUUUUAAUUCUAAAAUUCUAGAUCUUGAGCAAGGUAUUCAAGAUCUCACUCUUUCUACAUCUUCAUCUAUGACCUCAGUUCCUUUUGCCUUACACAACCAAACUUCUUCACCUGCCAAUACACUUCCAUUGGCACCAGGAGAAAUACUCAGAUCAUCUGGAAAAUUUGCCAAACCUACUAAGAUUUCUGGCAAAAAUGUCUUUAAAGAUGAAAUAUUAAUUAGGAAUUCUGAUUCUGGAAAAGUGAUGGGUAUCAAAGGACGUCGUGUUCACAUGAUAGAAGAAUUGAGUGAUACUGUAAUAUCUUUCCAACGAGUAAAUCCUGGAGCUCGGGAUAGACUUGUGCAGAUUACAGGACCUCAUGAAGAAGCUAUUGGGCAUGCAAAACUUUUGGUAGAAGAUACUAUUCGUAGAAAUGCUUCUCCUAUUCGAGAAAACUCUGACAUGUCUGUAUUGGAUAAUACUAAGGAUUCUAUAGAGUAUAAUAAUUCAUAUUCUUCAGUUGAUAAUCAAAUGUUUAUGAAAAGAAACCUUCAACACAGUUACAGUUUAAGUGAUGCUUCUUUAAGAGAACAUAGUGUUUCUGUGCAAAUUGAUCAAGAUUUGAUUCGCUUAACUGGAACUAAUGCUGAACUUUUGAAAACAGCUAAACUGGUUUUGAUGGAAUACUUUGCCGGCCAAACUGAAAUAAAUGAAAAGCAGCAUGAAAGCUACUCUUCUCUGAAUCGUCAAUCAUCACCUGACAGAAACAGACUAAGGCUUGGACUUCAAAAGCAAUCAUCUCUGAAAAGUAAUAUAGAUAAUAUGUACUCAACUGGGUGGACAAGUUAUCCUCCAAAAAGAGAUUCUGUAUCUCCUUUUAGCUCAUCAGAUGAUGAUUUUGUGAAGGAUGACAAAAGAAUAGAUAUGGAUAAUCAGUAUACUCAAGAUACAUCAGUCUUUACCGAAGCCAAACGUAGAACUGUUUCUUUGGAAUCUUCCAAUGUUCAUGGACAACUAAUGAGAAGAUCGUCUGUUCCAAAUGAUUUUGGGAAAGGCUAUGGUGAAAUGUAUUCUCCAAUAAAUGACCAGGUAUUCUCGCCAGUAGACACUGAAAUGAUGCCAAUCCCACCACCAACUUACAAAAAGAUGCGGUAUAGUAGAGAAUCUCUUUUAAAUCUUGCCAAUUCUCCUCUUAGUCACAACCAGCCAAUGGAUUAUGCUCAUAUACACCAACAUUUUCAAGAAAUUAUAUGCCAAUCUCCAGUUAUGUUUGACCCACAAAAAUUCAAAGAAAGGACUAAUAAAUCUGAAGACGCAACUACUAUGCCGAAAUAAGAACUUUUAUGUUGUGAUCUGAUAUGUUAAGGAACAUUUAUUUUUUAUGAAAGUUUUUAUAUCUCAAGUGUGGCAUCAUUUCUGCAAGAUGUUACUUGGGUUAAUAACCUCUAGAUAAGCUUGUGGCAAACAAGAUGUCUAACCAAAGCUUCCCAUGCUGGCUAUUACAUUUUUCUUUCAUUUAACCUAGAGAAAUUGAGACAGAUAUGAAAAGUUUUCCUUUCCCUGAGAAAUUUGUUUUAUUUUGAACUUGAUACAAAGUUAAAACUUGCAAUUGUGUGAUUAUGUACAUUCAUUCUAGUGAUUUUUUUGUGUUGUAAAUUUGUAAAAAGAAGUAGUAAUGAAAAAAUAUAAAUCUGUUGAGUACUAGAAAUAUAUAUACAGAAUUGUUACAGAACUGUGCAAUUUUUUUUUCUUAAAUUUUAUAUUUGAUGUGAAAAUGAAUGUUAUUUUGCUUCUUCCUGUGCAAUGUAAACCAAAGAAAUGAGAUUAAAUUCUCCCCUUUUUCAAUGCUGUGAAUAAAAAACUGUCUCUUAUUA